GGGGCGUGUUUUUCCUUUGUGCUGUAAAUUUAAACUUCUUUGUCCACCUUACACUACCUUCGGCUUCUUGAGAAUAUCGACGGACCUAAAACACCCCGAGUAUAUCCAGAGGUUGCUUUCAAAGGUGUGGUGUUGUCCUUUGGGGUUGAAAUCGCCGUGAGAGCCUGGCUCCAAAAGACACCGGACACGUUCAAAGGAUCCAAAGUAGAAACGCAGAACCCGUUCGGAGAGGAGAGAAGAUUAUCUGCCAAGACGAGACCACGUCUGCAGGCUCCGCCCCUCCAGGGACACAGCCUCCUUCCAUUCUGACGCCUCUCAGCGGUCCCGUCCCCGGCCCAACGGUGCGCAUGCGCAAUUUCCUCCAGACACGGAAGCGGAUCCCGAGGAAAGACUGACGCGCUCGGAUGUUAAAGGAUGGGCUGGAUUUGUUACCGAUCUGAGUUCUUGGGCUCUACUCAAUAGGAACUGAUAACAGGCCAGAAUAAUCUUACCUGAAGAAUCUAAGAAGAAAAAGAGGAAAGAAGGAAGAAUGGAGCUUUCCCAGGGACUGUUUACAUUCAAGGAUGUGGCUGUAGAAUUCACUCAGGAAGAGUGGGAAUGCCUGGAUCCUAUUCAGAGGGCCUUGUACAGGGAUGUGAUGCUGGAGACCUACAGGAACCUGCUCUCCCUGGGAAGCUAUUCUGCCACAUUUGCAGUCAAGGAAUUAUCAUCCCCAAAAGAGGACAUCAGUAAAGGAGAAUUAUGCCACCUAAUGACAUUAGAGAAAAAUGAAACUUAUGGCAUCAAGGAUUUUGACCUCAAGGAAAUCUGUGAAAAUAUGCAGGAGAGUGAGAGUGAGUGGGGAUAUGAUGCAAGAAACGACAAAGAAGUGCUUUUGACCCACAACAAAAAUCUCAGUCAGAGGGAAGAUCAGGAUAAUAAAUCCUUAAUUAAUUUUCCUCAGAGUGUUUCUGUAAGAAGUAAUACAUAUGAAUAUUUCACGCACAACAGGCCAUUCAUAAGAAAUUUGUUAACAAUGAAAGAUAACAUAAUCAUCGCCGGAAACAAUAUAAAGUGUUUGGACAGUAGAACUGGAGCAAGACUGCAGGCACAGGUGGCUGAACUGCAGAGAUUUACAACUGCGGAGAAAAUGUAUGGAGGCACUCAACUUGAGAAGUCAGUCAGCAAUGGUUCCUCAGUUUCCCCACUUCACCAAAUUCCUCCUAGUGUGGAAACCACUGUGUUAUCUGCACAACACAGGAAAACACACACUCGAGAAAAAUCUUACAACUGUAAUGACUGUGGGAAGGCCUUUAGCAAAAAAUCAAACCUCACAAAUCACAAGAGAAUUCACUCUGGACAGAAACCUUACAGAUGUAGUGACUGUGGCAAAGCCUUUAACCGCCAGUCCCACCUUAUAGCACAUCAGAGAGUGCAUGCAGAAGAGAAAGCAUAUACAUGUGGUGUCUGUGGCAAGGUCUUUAGUCGAAAUUCACAUCUUGCAAAUCAUCAGAGGAUGCACACUGGAGAGAAACCCUACAAAUGUGAAGAAUGUGGCAAAGCUUUUACCCAAUUUUCACACCUUAGCAGACAUCAGAAGAUGCAUGCUGGAGAGAAACCACACAAAUGUAAUGAGUGUGGCAAGCAUUUUACCCAGCGUUCAAACCUUAUGGCACACCAGAGAAUUCAUACAGGAGAAAAACCUUUUAAAUGUAAUAAAUGUGAUAAGGCUUUUAUUGAACGGUCACAGCUUUGGGGUCACGAGAGAACUCAUACUGGAGAGAAACUUUACAAAUGUGAUGAGUGUGGAAAAGCCCUUACAAGACAUUCAUAUCUUAUGCAACAUAAAACCAUCCACACUGGAGAAAAACCUUACAAAUGUAAUGAGUGUGGCAAAGCUUAUACCCAGUUUGCAAGCCUCACGAGGCAUCUGAAAAUACACACUGAAAACAAACAUAUGCUUCACACAUAUGGAAACGCUUUUAUUCAAAGCUCAAAGUUAAAACAAUUCAGACAAAAUUUCUGCAUGUAUUCCAGCCUUACUCAGCUAAUGGGACUCUAUCAGGGUGGAAGAACACAUACAGAUGCCCAGCAGACACAUGAAAAGAUGCUCAGCAUCAUUAAUCAUCAGGGAAAUGCAAAACACAAUGAGAUACCACAUUAUAGUUAUUAUCAGAAAGACAAUAAAUAACAAGCAUUAGCAGUGCUGUAGAGAAAAGGGUACUCUUGGGCCUUGGUGCUGGUAUUGUAAAUUGGUGCAUCAUUUAUGCAAAACAGUAUGAAAGAGUCUCAGAAAUUAAAAAACAAAACACCUGUUAUGUGAGCCAGGUUUCGCACUUCUGGCCAUUUACUGGCAGAACAGAAAAACACUAAUUUGAGAAGAUAUAGGCAUUCUUAAUAUUCACUGUAGCAUUAUUUCCAAUAGCCAAGAUAUGGAAGCAACCUAAAUAUCCAUUAAUAGAUGAAAAAUUAGAGGAUAUGUGUGCAAGGCGCACACACACACGCAGGAAUAUUAGCCAUAAAUAAAGAAGUCUAGCCAUUUGCAACAACAUGGAUGGAUCUAGAGGAUUAUACUAAGUGGAAGAAGUCAGAUGUAGAAAGACAAAUACUGCAUGAUCUCCUUAUAUGUGGAAUAUAAGAAACAAAACACAGUGAAAACAGCUUUAUAGAUAAUGAAGAACAAAUGCCUGGUUGUUGCCAGAAGGAAGGGUGGUGUGGUUCCAGGUAAAAGAUAUGAAGAGGACCAAGCCAUACGAACUCUUAGGUAUUUAUAUAUGCCAUGGGACUGUUACAUCCUGUGUAAGGAAGAUGUUUAAAAAUAUUGUGAUGACAUAGAGGAUAGAUGGCUACACACAUCAUUGUAAUUGUUUUUAUAAAGCAAAUGUUGCCUCAUGUGUGUAGUACAAGCAAAAUGAACAGUUAUAAUCAAUUAUAUUUCAAUAAAAGAGAUUCAACCUUAGA